AUGUCGCAGAGGAUGGCCCGACUGGAUAUUCGUUCGAAUGGUAGUUCUGACCGUGGAUCAUCUUCGGCCAUGCCCUCACCCGAUGUCAUCAGGCGCUCGACAUCUUCUCCGACCCCUGUCCCAUCCUUUCACGAUCUGGACCGGAGAAGUGCUGGAGACCACCACAGCGACUAUGAUGAUGCGACACAGAGGACACGUCGGGAUCACAUAUUGAGUCGUGUUGCCGCCAUGCCUUACUACGAGAAUGGACAUGCUGACAGUAGAGCCUUCAUCACGUCUAAUCACCAAUCCUAUGCACCCGCCCACCGGUCACCACAGCACUUCCAGAAUCAUAGUUCUCAAGGAUCCCUUGGUCGCAGUUCACGGAGCGCCACCAAGUCGCCACCGCUGCAUCAUGGUUACAACAACGUGACGAGCCAUCCUCACCACCACCAUGCGUCUCAUCACACCUCACAACAGCACUACCACCCUCACCAUCGGUCGACGAAUUCCCCAGGCCCAGACUAUUACUCGAGCAGCUCGCGCCCUCCCUCGUGCGGACACAGAUCAACAGAGGCGACUUUGGUGUCACGGUCCAGUCCUGUCGGGAUGUCCAGGCAGUCGUCAAACUUGACUUCCUUGGCGCCUUAUGGAGGCGGCUCUGCGGCAUGGUCACCUUCUGAGAGUGGGCACAUGAACGGUGGAUCGUUCUCCGCAGUAGGGAAUGGAGAUCGCGGUGGACAUGGAUGGGGAGGCGACCAUGGAUCGGCUGUGAACCUGAGUGGCAAUGUCCAUCUGAGCCACAGCAACAGCCCUCGCAGGAUCAGUGGCGAAGAAAUUCGGGGGACAGGGGCAGUCUCGCCUUCUUCUGGACACUAUCCCCAAUCGUACUCGCAUCACCUUCCAACAGCGUCGUCUUCGUCGUCCUCACAGCACCAUGCAUCUUUUCAGUCGCAUUCUCAGUCGAUGCAGCAUCAUCAGCGCCACCGAUCAACGGAUGAUCGGCGGGACCCCCAAAACGGAGGAUCUGUCAAGAGUGGAGGUGGGGCUCAUUAUCGCACCGACUAUAAUACUAAUGGCGAUGAGGGCGGAGACAUAGGUGGAUAUUCGCAUGGAAUUCACUCGCACUCGCAACCACCUCCCCAUCCACAGCACCAACAUCAUCAGCAACAUCAUUAUCAACAUCAGUCACAGCAGCAGCAGCACCAACACCGCCCAUCACACCAUGUAUAUAGUUCCAGUCAAGGAAAUGGUGGGCUGUCGUCGUCAGGAGGGGGUGGAGGAGGGUAUAUGGAUGAUCGACGUCGUAGUGAUGGUGGAGGAGAAGGCUUGCAUGCGAGCAGCAGCAGCAGUUCUCGGGACGAUGAGGCGCCGAUUUUCCCUAAUGGUAUCCGAGGCGCUAGAGCACGGUGA